GGUGGCCAAGUUCGUCAACUUGGAGAAAAGGAGCCGGCACGGAAGAGGGAUGAAGUUGUGUCAGUUCUUUCUUUGUGUCUUCCUCGCAGCAGGAUCUCACGCCGACGACAAGGUAGAAGAAUCGAACAGAUACAUGGACAACCUACUCGAAGAAGCAUUCCCGCGCAACGACAGUGCUUUGGUCCCUGUCAGGAUAGCCUAUCUUGACGGCUUCGAGAUCGAGCUGGAGGAAGAGCGUUCCACAGGACGUUACUAUACACGAGGCCGCAAGUUUGGUCAUCGCGGUAGUAAACUCCUGAAAUACGCUCUCAUGUACCAGAUAGCACGAAGCACGUUUAAACGGGGAAAGAAGUACAAGGGCAACAAGCCGGUCGUGUUUGGCAACGGCCUCCAAGGUGUCUUCUACCCGAAAGCAGGCACGGGGGUGCCCCAUAUGGCGAAGCCUCCGCCUCCUGGCUUCAUAUGGCGACCGGGUAGUACAACGUCCGAUUCUGGGGGUUAUCCACAUGCUGGAUAUCCUGGUAGCGGCACAGGAGGUGGGUCGUCCAGCGGUUCUGGAGGAAAGAGUUCUGGUGGGAAAAGUACUGGUGGGAAAAGCUCGGGAGGCCGCUCGGGUGGUCGAUCCGGAGGACGGUCUGGAGGCGGCCGGAAGGGUCGCAGAAGUCUUGAAUAUUCCACAAAGUCAAGGAUUAGGAGGGAUUUCGAGAGGGACAUCAAAGUGAACCUCCAGAACGGUAGAGUCUCCGGCUUUCAUCGCAUAAGACGGCUGGGCGACUGCUCGCCACCGACAAAGCAACUGGACCACGUCACAGUGUCCUGUUACGUGUCAUUACACGGCAUGGCAGUGAAUUUUACUGGUUACGUGGAGGGUGAACGGUCAGGUGUUCUACGCUCUAAUUACAAGCCCUUCAGCAUGGCAGCGGUUCUGCGAAACUCAGCAGCGUUCAUUGAGAUUACAGGUCUAACAGAUGCAGCGCCGGUGGUGUCUGCAUGGAGUGUCCUCCCUUCGGACCUUCAGAUCAAUGCCUCCCGUCCCAUGGACGUGUACCCCGAGAAGAAACGCAUCCUGGAGGAGUACCUCGAGGUCAACAUCGACGAAGACAUCGCAGACUACUUGUACGGUCCUCUGCAGGACCAGAUUGCAACUGCAGUUGCUAACAGUACAGUUCCGCGUCCAUGAACUGUAAACUCGGUCGACUAUAAAUAGGUCGAAUCGAAGGUGGUGCAUGCAAGGCAAUAAAAUAGAUAUUGAACAUAC